AUGGUCGAUGGUCACUCUGCUUCAUCUAGUGUUGAAAUCUGGUGGAUCUGGGCCAAUUUUGAAUCAUGCAUGAUUGGUCCUUUACGUGUUGGCCCCAUUUGGAACUCCAUGUAUCUAUCUGGUGUAUACGAAUACGAUCUUGCCGGCACCCUUUCUCUAGUUUUUAUCAUAUCAGAUAUUAUUGAUGGAUUAUCUUAUGAGCUUAUCUGCUACCUACUUAUGGAAAUGUUUCAAUUUCCAUUUAAUAUAAAGUUUUCCGUUGCUAUCUCAAUGGGGGUUGGUGAGAAGGAAACUAAAAAUCCCAGUUGUUAAUUUGUGUUGCAGCCUGUUGGAAACUCAUCAGAUGGGUUAAAAGCUAGUGAUGUAGAUCCACGUCUGAUUUUUCACCAAGGGAUACCAUCUGGAGGUGCUAAGUUUGCCUAUGACAAUAUUCAGAAGUUACUGGCUCUUUCUACCAAAGAUGGGAGGAUUAAACUAUUUGGGAAAGAUAAUGCCCAAGUCCUACUUGAAUCCAGUGAACGGGUUCCUAGCAAGUUUUUGCAGUUCAUUCAAAACCGGGGCAUCCUUAUAAAUGUCACUUUCAAUAACCAUAUUGAGGUUUGGGACAUGGACAAAAAAUUGUUGUCUGAUAUGUACAUUGUUAAAGAAGAAAUCACUUGUUUUUCAGUCAUUCGACAUAGCCUCUAUAUGUAUGUUGGAUUUUCAAAUGGUAAUAUUUCAGUAUUGAAGCUUGAUCAAGAACCAUGGCAUGUGAUACGGAUGAAAUACACUAUACCCUUCUCAGCUUCUUAUGGAAAUUCAACUGAAGAAUCUGAUGAUACUGUUGUAACACACAUAUUGCCUCAACCAGCAGCCGAAAGUAAGAGAGUUCUCAUAAUCUUUAGAAAUGGCUUAAUAAUAUUAUGGGAUAUUCGAGAAAGCAAAUCCAUUGUCAGAACUGGCGGAAAAAUAUCACAGCCACUGUUUAAUGAAACAAAGAAAGUGUCUUCUGCAUGUUGGGUGUGUCCUUUGGGAAGUAAGGUGGUUGUAGGGUACAACAAUGGAGAACUCUUCAUUUGGAGCAUCCCUUCUCUAAACACAGGAAAUGGUUUAGUAUCUAAUUAUAGUAAUCAAAGCACUCCCAGGUUCAAAUUUAACUUAGGAUAUAAAUCAGACAAAAGUUCCAUUGCUUCAGUAAAAUGGAUUUAUGCUGAAGGAAAGGCUAGUCGACUCUAUGUCAUGGGAGUUUCUGACAAUGCUCCUUCAAACUUGUUGCAGGUAGUGUUAUUGAAUGAACAUACAGAAUCUCGCACAAUUAAGUUGGGACUUCAUAUGUCUGAAGCCUGUGUUGACAUGGAGAUCAUAUCAACCUCAAGUGAACAAAGCAAGCAUAGACAAAAUUAUUUCCUUCUGCUAGGGAAAUCAGGUCAUGUAUAUCUUUAUGAUGACAGAUUGAUUGAAAGGUAUCUGCAAAGCCAGUCUAAGUCCUCUCCCUCACUGCCAAAGGAAAUGGUUGUGAAGUUACCACUGGCAGAUUCAAGCAUCACUACAGCAAAAUUCAUAUCCAACAAUCCCGGUGUGUUUAGUUCUCAAGAUGAGUAUUACAGUCAGCUGGUAAAAAAUUAUCCACCGCUGAUUCCCAUUGAAACCAAUCACAAAGAUGGGAUUAACCUGAGUUCUUCCAACUUCACUGGAUUUUCAAACGUUAAAAACUUGUACAUAACUGGACAUAGCAAUGGAGCCAUAACUUUUUGGGAUGCAUCAUGUCCCUUUUUCACUCCAAAUUUGCAAUUAAAGCAACAGAAUGAAAAUGAUUUUUCUUUUAGUGGUAUACCCUUGACGGAAUUAUAUUUUGAUAGCAAUUCUCCUGUCCUUGUUUCUGGUGACCAAAGUGGAAUGGUUCGUAUCUAUAAAUUCAAACCUGAACCAUAUGCCUCCAACAGCUUCAUGUCUCUUACUGGUAUUAAAGGGAAUGAUAAUGUAAUCCACAGUAUGAAACUUGUAAAGAUUAGUGGUGCUGUAAUUUGUAUGAACAUAGAUCCCAGGUCAAGGCAUCUUGCGGUUGGUUCUGACCAAGGAAAUGUUUCAGUUAUUAACAUAGAUGGCCCAUCUCUGUUAUAUCAGAAACAUAUUGCAAGUGAAAUUACCACAGGUAUCGUCUGCCUGCAGUUCAAAACCUGCAGUUUGCGUGGUUUUGAGAAAAACAUUUUAGCAGUUGGAACAAAGGACUCAUCUGUUCUGGUUCUAGAUGGUGAAACUGGAAACUCACUGAGCAUUGGAACUAUUCAUCCUAAAAAGCCCUCUAAAGCUAUAUUUAUGCAGGUGCUGGAUGGGCAAGGUGAACCAAUCACAGGUUCAAUUGAAAAAGAUGGAUCAGACUUGAGAAAAGGGAAUCAUGUUGAAGAUGCAACAACAAACCAAUUGUACAUUUUGCUGUGUUCUGAGAAGGCUUUGUAUGUCUAUUCUUUUGUGCAUGCUGUACAGGGAAUUAAAAAGGUUCUUUACAAAAAGAAGUUUCAUUCUUCUUCCUGUUGCUGGGCAUCAACAUUUUACAGGCUCUCUGAUAUCAGUCUCAUACUCCUUUUCACCAGCGGGAAAGUAGAAAUAAGGUGUUUGCCAGAGUUAUCUCUUAUAGUGGAAUUUUCAAUUAGAGGUUUCAAUUAUUCACCUCCAAAGUUGAAGUCAUAUUCUGACAGCCAGAUAUGUUGUUCAUCCAAAGGAGAUCUUGUUUUGGUGAAGGGUGACCAGGAAAUUUUUGUUGUCUCAUUGUUGGCCCAAAGGAAUAUUUUCAGGCUUUUGGACUCAGUUAGCUGCAUCUAUAGGAAGGAAAGGAUGCUAUCACAAGAAGAGUUUGUUCCCAUCCCUGUCAGCCAUAAGGAAAAGAAAAAGGUAAACAAUUUGGUCUUUUUUUGGGCAUUCCAGGGUAUAUUCAGCUCAAUAAUCAAAGAUUUUACUGGCAGUAAAGAAAAGCAUGUACCCCUCGUGGAAAAAGAAGAUCCUAAAGAAAGUAUACGGGAACUGUCAGCAAUAUUCUCAAAUGCCAACUUUGCAUGUGCUGGUAGCAAUGAUGAUGACCAGACUAUGGAUGAAAAUCAGCUUGAAUUAAACAUAGAUGACAUUGACCUAGAGGAUCACGGAGAAAAAUGCAAAGAAAAAAGCAUAUUGGGAGCUCUUAAUAAGAAGAAAUUGGCAGACAAAUUUCAGUCUAUAAAAGGAAGAUUGAAAGAGAUCAAGGGCAACAACCAGAAAGCAUCAGACAAGGAAGGGCAACAAGAUGAAAAAGCUGGUGCGCUUGAUCAAAUCAAGAAGAAAUAUGGAUUUUCUUCCUCCAACGAAUCAAGCAUUGCUAAAUUGGCACAAAGCAAGCUCCAGGGAAACACAAGGAAAUUGCAGGGUAUCAACCUACGUGCUACAGAUAUGCAAGAUACAGCCAAAUCAUUCUCAUCAUUGGCAAAACAAAUGCAGCGAACUACUGAGCAGUGUAGACAUAGUUGA